ACACACACGCACACACGCACACACACAUGCUGGAGCUGCUUUCAAAGCGCAGCUUUCAGCUUCAAUGGCGUAUCAACCUAGGGCCCGGAAGAGGAUCCGCGCCCUCUGCCGUGGCCCCGACGGCAGUGCCUUCCAGAGAUGCGAAAGUUGCGGGCUUUCUGUGCCGAUUGCUUUGAUUGAUAUGCACGCGUGUGAAAUCGAGAAAAAUGCGAGGAAGAAAGUUAAAAGCAGCUGUGUGAGUGGGAAAGUUGAGGAGCAGAGUGUUAGUUUUGGUGCUUCGAAUGUUGCUGCUUGGAAGGAAGAAAAUUUGCUGAAUUUGUCUUGUGAAGCUGUGAAGGCAUGCUUGACCUAUGCUAUGUUUGGUGACUUGUGUAGGGAAGAACUUAUGAAGACAUGCAAAGGUGAAACCCGAUUUGAGAUAGAAAAGAAAGGAUUUGAGGAUUGGAAAACCAUGUCAAAAGAGGAAAGGUUACCUUUUUGUCUUAAAGCAGAUAAAGUAAACUCAGCUUAUGAGAGGUUGCUGCAAAAGGAGGAAGAUGAGAUCCAAUUGGUGGAUGAUGGAGCGGAUUCAGCUGAAGUUGGCAAAUAUGACAAGGACUAUGUGAACCAUGAAUUUUAUUCUGAUUCUGAAGGCUCUGAUGAACUUCAAUUUUCUCAUUCCGGUACUCAUUGGAGCUUCUGCUCUGAAGAUUCGUAUGUGAUCUCCCUUUUUCGUCUUUCUGUUACUGUUUAUUUUUCCAAUAAUAAGUACGGUAUAAAGCAAGUAGUUUAUUGGCAAUACCUUGUUCCGAGCAUUGCUUUGAUCGGACAUGAUUAUUCUGCCGGUUCUCAUAAGCUCGUGACCUCAAAAAUGGAGAAUGCUCUGAGCUUCAGAAGCCUCUAUUUGCUUCACUCCGCUCCGACGUCGUUUCCUUCCCACGUCCCGACCAGACUCAAAUUAUCGAAGCUUGAACGCUCAAUUUCACCUGGGCGACAUCGAGACAAAUCUCUACUGAUAACGCAAGCUUUCGGGUCGGGUAGGCAGCCCAACGGGUUUCCGAAUCUCCCCAACAAAAUUUUCAUGGAAGAGGUCAUUGGGGCUGAAUAUGGAGAAGGUUUCGAGACUUUUAGACCUGAAGGUCCCCUUAAAGUUGAUGUGGACUUUUUAAAUGAUAAAAUGCAAGAAGGGUUUCUCCAAAGGAUUCGAUACGCCAUGAAGCCUGAUGAAGCAUAUGGCCUCAUAUUUUCUUGGGACAAUGUCGUGGCAGAUACUCGAACUUUGAGGUUUCAUGCAUGGGAACAACUUGCAUCUGAAGAAGGAAAAGAGAUUCCUGAAGAUGAAAAUGUGCAAAAAUUUCUGCUUCAAGCAGGUGCUGAUGAUGUUCUGCGUAAGAUAUUGCACUGGGGGAAGGCCGAAGAUGAUAUGGAUAGACUGAAGGCCAGGAUCGCAAUGCUAUAUUAUGAAAAUCUCAUCAAACACUCAGAACCCAUAAGCGGGCUUAAAGAAUGGUUAGAUGCUGUUGCUACAUCCCGCAUCCCUUGUGCAGUUGUUUCUAGUCUCGACCGCAAAAACAUGGUUGAUGCUUUGGACAGAAUGGGACUGAGAAAGUAUUUCCAGGCUACUGUAUCUGAGGAAGACGGUAUGGAUUCCAUAGCUCAUAGAUUCCUGUCAGCAGCAGUUAAGCUGGACAGAAAACCCUCUAAGUGUGUGGUGUUUGAGGACGAUCCCAGGGGAAUAACUGCUGCUCACAACUGUACAAUGAUGGCAAUUGCUUUAAUUGGUGCUCAUCCUGCGUAUGUUCUUAGGCAGGCUGACUUAGCAGUCGCGAGUUUUAACGAGCUUUCAGUGAUCAAUCUAAGAAGACUGUUUGCGCACAAAGGCUCGAAUUUCAUGGACCCGCAAAAGCAAAUUGAAGAGAGAACUCCCCCGAGAAGGAAUCCGCGCGGGUCGAAGGUUUCAGCAGGGCUUGUGCAGGCUGGGCCGAUCCGUGGGCUAGCUUGCCUACUUAAAAAGUUUUCUGUCCCCGCGGUUUACAAAAUCACAAGUCCAGUGACGACUAUACUUUUGAGAAUAAACGGUCCAAUUCUCCAUUCUCCAAACGGGCCAAAACCUAAUCUCCAUUCUUGCCGAAAAAGCCCCAGCGGCUACACCCAAACGGUUGACAGACAGCACAAGGAGCAGCUGCGACGGCGACAAGGAGCAGCUUCCAUCCGGCGGGCGGGAGGCGGCAUCGAGAAAGAGGACGGAGAGAGACCUACGAGGCGGCGACAGAGACAGAGAGAGAUCCGGCGAGCGGCGGUAGCUUCCGCAAUGGUAGACAAUCUCGAAGGAGCUCUCAAAAACGAAUGGAACACUAGAGAUUUAAAGAUCCUAACCUCUCAAAUCAAGGACCACGAAUCACUCAUUAGGCUCAAACGCAGGUGGUUGAUGGAUUUGCCCUUGUCCAUAACAGAACUGAAGAAAAUGGAGGAGAUUCUCCCUCCCAACGAUAAGGUACUGCCGGAAUCAUUCAUUAGGGAAGAUGACGUAAGCUAUGAGGACAUCAGAACUGUGAUCGAGAUGGGAUUUGAAGCUCAUAGCUGUGGGACGGAAAGACAACAUACCCAAGAGGAUGUGCAAGUAUUUAAUCAACGCGAAUGUCUUCAAAAAAUAUGCUCCCUGCUUGAUGAUAUGUCUAAUAAAGGCUUGUGCUCUCUAAUUGAGGUACUCACUGGGGGAAUGAUAAAUUUUGAGAAAACAAAUUUGAGCAUGAAGAGGACAAUAAAAGAGUUGCUUCCAAAGCUCACUGCCAAUAGAAACAAUAUUUCCAAAACAAAACUGAAGCAAAUUUCUCUACUUUUGCAAGACCCAAAAAAUUUCAAGGGGGGUCAGUUGGUGUGCUCGACUGCAUCUGAAGCCUAUCGUGCUGCCGCAAUUGAUGUCCUAGACAGGCUCACGAACUUCCACUGGAGAGCUCGACUUGCCAUGCGUAGGAAGCUGAAUGGCGUCAAGAGUUACGUUCCCACUCUCCACCCCCCGAGAUCUGGACAGAGUACUAAGGAGUUAUGUAGGACACUGAAGCACAUGUGCAUGAAGUUUCUAUCAGACCUUCGUGAUGUGGAUGAGCCUGCAGAAGAAUUGGCUGGGGCACUGGGAGUUGCAGGUUUGACGCUAAAGCUACUUAAGAACUGCCCAGAUGUGCGGGACUUCCGGAAAUUCUCGCCGGAAAUUGAGGCAUUGCAAAAUGAUAUAGCGAAAGCUAUUCAUCUGAUAAAUCUCCCCAAGAGAGUGAGCUUGAUAGAGCUGAAAAAGGUGCAGGUUUUGUUGGACCCUAAUUUAAAGUUGUCUAACGACAGUCUACGUAAUGCUGUACGGGGUCUCUUGACCGAGUACCUGUUUGAGUGCAGUGAUAUGGACAGCUUCCCUGAUUCUUUAGUAGAAGCAGUUAACAUUAUUAAUACAAGAUCGCAAUUUCCAUCCCUCAAGAAACGACGGUCGUCCAAGAGCCUUUCGUCCCCUCAAGAAUUUAUGGGGGAUGUAAUACAGAAAGAAGUGGAACACGUACUAACAGUGAGUGCUCUAGCAAAAGAAGUAGCGUUGAACAUUAUUCCAGAACAUGAAUUUGAUGAAGACUUUGCUCGUGCGUACUUGGAGGAUUUUGCAGGAAACAAUUAUCUAUGUAUAUCUGAUGACGAGCGAGUUGGGGGUAUUCCUGGGCAUUACGAACUUCGUUCUAGUGACUCGUAUGAUGGCAAGUCUGAAAGUAUUGGUGAGACAAAGCUGGUAAAGAGUGGUUCGCCUUCACCAACAAGCAAAGCAUAUGAUGACUGUUCUCCCUUUUGUUCUCCAGACCAAGGGUUAGCUAUGUCCUUGGAGUCCAUGCAUAUUCCGAAAAUAGAUUGGGAUGAAACAGACAGUUCUGAUUGUUCGCUAUUCUGUAAGAAGUCAAACGUACUGGACGCCAGCCACAAUGGUGUUAAAAGUGAAGAGGGUACGAGCAGUUAUUCUACCAACCCGAAUUGUGUAUCUUCUGAAUUCCUAUUGGAGACGGAUAUUGUCAACCAGCACAGCAGGUCCUGUAAUAAGUACCUUCAGGUCCAGGAAGCUUGUGAUGCCUCGAGUAUGGUGGCCUAUCGUUUUGUGGGUCGCUUGCUGGACAAGCUUGCUGAUAUUGAAGGCUUAAAAUUAUGCAAAGGUAAUAGGUUGUAUCUAGGAGGUGAUUCUUCAGGCGUUGAUGAUUCUGAAGGUAAUGUGAUAUUAUAUCCUUUCAAGUUCAUGUGA